CGGUCUCCGGGGCGGCCGAUCUUGGCGGUGCUCUGCCUCAGGGAGCCGCGGGCACCGCCAGUGUGUGCAGCACCUCCAGCUCUGGCGCAGCACCAGGCUGGCUUUUCCGAGCUCCCUGAGGGCUCAGGGGCCUCAGAUCGAUAUGCCCCCGAGCUCCGUCACCCCACGGUGCUGUGAGGUUCGCGCCGGGGGCAGGACAGCUUUUGGCGGCCCUGCGGAGGGCAGAGCACCGGGACACCCAAGGAAGAGCCUCUGUAAAGCCACGGACUGAAAACAGCACUUCUCACAGCGCUCAUCAUCCUCACCAGCAUCGCACAUCGCCGGCUCCCCGCAGCUGGGAGAGGAAAACCUGUUCUGUAUUUCCCUGUUCUGUGCGCUUCAAGGGAGCGGGGAGCUCCUGAGGAGCUGCAGCCUCCCUGCUGCUGUGGGCAUUGUGUGGUGUAGCUGCUGCUGACACGGGGCACCCUGCUACAAACAGCAGCUUGUCAUUUCCUGCUCUCUUUUCUCCUUGGCAGAGAGCACCAUGGAAUGUGGCUGUUGGACCUGGAAGGGGCUCUGGUAGGAGAGCACCUCUGUGGAGUCAGCAGAAAGCAAGACCUUAACCUUUAGUCCCACCAGCACCACAGCUGGGAACAGGGGGAAGGCACGUCUUGCUGGAGAAGGUCUUGGCUUCAUCAGUGCCAGGAAACGUGAGAACCAGAAUAGAAAUGAAAAGGAAGGAAGCAAACAAGUACACAUCGAUAUGCAGUUGUGAAAUGAGAGAAGAUGAAGAUUCAAAUGCAGAGAGGAACUGAGCAUAAGAAAGAGCAUGGAAGAAAUGUAGAGAUCCAGAGGGGAGAGCAAAAGGGAUACAGAAUCUCUCACUUGUCAUUCUUGUAGAUCUUGUACCAUCUUAUCAGCAAAUAUCAUGCUGGUGUUGUUGUUUCCUCAUGUGGGUUGGUUUACAGAUGAGACCUCAGCUUCAGCCAGGAUGUUCCUCUGGCUGGUGGCACAGAGCUCCAGUGAACACCCUUUCUUCUGGAGACAUGUGUGGCUGGGCUGUGUGUGCCCAGCAUGGUGGAUGCUGAUAGAAACUAGAGGGGAAGAAAUGGCAGAUGGGAGUAGGUUUUGCUUUCAGUAUGAAGAGGAAAGAGUGGUGGCAGGCAGUGGAGAGCAGCAGAGAUUGCACCCACAGAGGCUGGGGGGCAGAGGGGCCUGCACGUGCUGACUGCUGCUCAUGUCCCCUUGGUGGCAAGGGUGACACAGCUGUGUCUGGUCUGGUGGAUGUUCAUGUCCCUCAUGCCAGAGGUGGCAGGGAAGUACAGGGAAGUGGCAAUGAAAUGACAGGAGCUGGGAUCUGGGUCCUCAUGGCUCCGCAGGGCCAUGUACGUCCCACAGCCAGAACACUGAUCAAGCCCAUCCCUGUGUCAAACCGCAAGUCCCUGGGGGCUGGCAGGGUGUGUGUGUCCCCACCUGGGCUCAGCAGCGAGCACAGCCGACCACCAGAUGGGUGUGGACAUCACCCACCCCCUGCCAUGAUGGCAGCAGCGCUUCCUCCAAGGGCUCCAUGCCCUGGUGCAGAACAGAGCAGGCUGGGGUGGCUGGGGAGGUGCUGCUGCAGCAAACUGGGGAAGUGGCAGGGAGCGGCUGGGUCGCUGGGUCGGGCCCUGGCGUAAUGGGAAAUGGCCCUCAGCAGCCCCCGGGACAUUACUCGGGUCUCGGGGCCAAGAGUAUGUGGUCAGGCUGAAAGCAGAGGAGGAAUCAGAGAAGAGAGGAGAUAAGAACUGGGCUGAGGCAAGAGAAGGGGAAGCCUGUGAGCACAGAGGAAACUGCCAGGCCCAGUGGUGCAGGGGUGAGGUCCCAGCAAGGCUUCGGCUCCCCUUGGCUGAGCAGUGACCCCACACUGCAGGGAGAGACGGAGGCUCCCGGCCAAUCCCACCAGCAUGAUCACCAUGAGGCUGUUGGGAAGCAAGGAGCUCUGGCUGGCCAACACCUUUCUGCCCCUGCUGCUCCUCAUCUGCCUGCCAGCUGGAACAGCCAGUCAGAUGGUAAAGCCAGUCACCACUGUGCAGCUUGAGAUUGGUUCAGAGAAUCUCACGGUGCAGAUGAAGUGGUACAAUCCUGGAUGUCUGCAGAGGGAGAAUCAAACCAAUACUGUGUUUCUGGGAGAAAACUCUAUGAAUUUCACCAGCUCAAACCUGUGUACAGCCCACACAGGAAUCUGUGUGUCUGGGGUCUUCAACAUACGACCAAACUCGGCAGAUGCUGGAAAUCAAACCGACACUGUGUUUCUGGAUAAAAUCUGUAUGAAUUUCACCAGCUCAAGCCUGUGUACGGUCUGCACAGCAAUCUGUGGGUGUAGGCUUUUCAUCACAAGACCAAACUCAACAGACACUGGAAACAGCACGCAAGCAGCAGAUCACAGCUGUGGCUCUCCAGGACCUCAGACUGAUAUCACAGGACUCAACCUCCUCCUGUGCAUCCUGCUUGGCUUAGCGAUCGGGACGCUCCUGUACAUGCCGGUAAUCGGCUUCCUGCUGUGGCAGUGCAGAAGGAACAGAACAGGAGAGCUCAUGAGCGUGGAAGUGGCAGAGGGGAAUCAGGCAGCCCCGGUGACAGGGACUGAGGAUCUGACUUAUGCCAACCUGAAUUUUGAAAAGAAGGGGACAGCAUCUGCCUCCUCCAAUGUCAUUUACACCGAGAUCAAGCCAUUGCAACAGAAGCAGAGUGGUGGGGAUAGCAGUGCUGCCAGCACAGAGGUGGAUGUCUCCCCCAAGGAAGACAAGUGAGGGAGGUGAGCAGCUUGUUGUCCAUCUGUUGGGGUCGAUCUCCUCAAAAACUAGAUGUUAGCUCAUACAGAAGUGCAGUCUUGGGGACCAAAGACACCUAUUAGCCCAAGUGGCUGCAGAACCAUGCUUUAUGUUCCCCUGGAACACAAACCCUGCUUUAUGUUUCCCUGGAAGAAGCCAUGUCUCACAGUGAGGACAGGACUCUUGAGCCCGUUUUCCCCUUGCCUUCUGCAGCUCUAAGCACUGCCACACCUCAGCAACUAUUUUCAGUGUCUCCAGUUGCUGACAGGCUCCUCUAGCUGCUUGUUCUGUGUUCAGGAAUGACACUGGACACUGUGUGGCCAACAUGGUGUUCAGGAAGAGCUUGGUCCUGGACAUGCUGGGUGGCACAUGCUGGCCAUGAGAAGUCCUGGAGCAAUUUUCUGGAUUUUCUCUAGAGCAGGCACCUGCUGUGAUGUGGGUUGACCUUUGCUUCAUUCACUCACUUGAAACAAAAGGGGCAAGGAUGGAAAAGCCAUUUCUUGCUUCACAGAGGUUCUGCUGCAGUGAUACACAUGGAUCUGCUUUGUACUGGGAGUGGCUAGGUGGUUUUGCUGGUUUGGUGGUGAAUAACCUUCUCACAGACAGAACACUCUCCUUUGUGCCCUCUUUUAUUGUAAUGUUGUGUUUAUUGUGAGUUUUUCAGUAAAAUUGUGAUUCCCA